CACACACUGAUACACACACACAAAUAUAUAUAUUGAAGCUAUGGGGUAUUUCUGAUGCAGCACGAAGCGAGAUUAAAUCGAAGAAUUUUGUGUUUCACAAGAAAAGAAAUUUUCUGAUUAUCGUGGAAGAUCCACGCAAGGAUUAAUCAUGAAGGGCUGUUUUAAUUUUUCCUUUCUACAGUGAAACUGCAAAAGAUUCAGAGAAAAAACCCAGAAAUUUCUAGCUUUUGAAUCACCAUUGAAGAAGCUUCACAGAGAUUCUUGAAGGGUUUUUGCAGUUCCUUUAAGGUGAAACAGAAUAUUUAAUUUUUUUAAAAAAAGUUGCAUAUAAAUAAAAUAAUAGAGCAGAAAAUGUUGACGUGUAUAACGUGCUCAAAGCAACAAGCUGAUGAUGGAGAAGAAGCACCGAGAGGGACUCCCGGGACAAAAGACGCCGUCAAGACCCUCACCAAUCAGAUCAAGGAUAUGGCAUUGAAGGUCUCAGGAUCUGUUAAACAAAGCAAAGGAGAGAGCAGCUAUAAGAGAGGUCAAAGAUCAUAUCCUGAUUUUGAUAUAUCAGAAGGGCCAUACCCUUCUUAUAUGCAACCAGGAAGCUCAAGUUCUACAGCGUGGGAUUUUACUAGCACUGCACAUCGUGCUUCUCGACCUGACUCAAGAUUUAGCAGAGCGUUUACCGGUGAUCAGACCCCUGAUGCACGAGAAUCUAUCUCGACUAAAUACGGCGAAGUCAUGCUAGAAAAUGAUGAUGAACCUAAAGAAUGGAUGGCACAGGUGGAGCCAGGUGUUCAAAUUACUUUCUUGUCUCUCCCUCGCGGUGGAAAUGAUCUUAAACGAAUCCGUUUCAGCCGGGAGAUGUUCAAUAAAUGGGAAGCUCAGAGAUGGUGGGGCGAAAAUUUCGAUAGAAUAAUGGAGCUCUACAAUGUUCAGAAAUUCAAUCAGCAAGCUUUUAACACUCCCGGGAGAUCCGAGGAUGGGAGAAAUUCUACUUACUCGAUGCUCGAAUCUUCCCGGGAGAGCCCGAGGAUGACUCCAUCAGUAAGGUAUAGGCCUUCUGGAAGUAGUAAUUACUUCCCACCAGACCAUGGUGGCAGUCAGUAUUAUAAUGCAGGAUCAAGAGCUUAUCCUGUACCAAGAGGCGAGAUGUCGUAUAUGGAAGCAUCGAGGGAUACAAAUGCCUCAGUAGACGAGCCAUCGGUUUCCAUAAGCAAUGCCAGUGACAUUGAAUCGGAGUGGAUCGAAGAAGAUGAGCCGGGAGUGUAUAUUACCAUCAGACAACUGGUCGAUGGUACUAGGGAGCUUCGGCGUGUCAGAUUCAGCCGAGAAAAAUUUGGGGAGGUGAAUGCAAAGCUCUGGUGGGAAACAAACAGGGACAGAAUACAAAAUCAAUACCUAUAAAUGACAGAUUUUCCAUUGAAAAAUCCAUUCCAUUUUGCUCUAAGUGAAUGCUGCCAAAAGGAUUAAGCCCCAUAUUCGAAAUAUAUGGUUGGCAGUUCACAAAUUUUCUGCGUUAAGGGAUUUUUCAGGCAAAGCUGACAUUAAUUAUUUUAUGGGUAGUUUACAGUUGA